UCAUAGUGAUCAGUCUGUGCGUGUUCGCGUCUUGGAGCUGGAAUUUGGGGAGUGGAAAUACCACUCACUCUUACUUUCACAGUUGGCGUCAAGUCGAAUGAGAAUGACUCCUCUGACAUUCUACUCUGUCGGUCAGUCAGCGCGCUUCGGAAAAGGGGCGAAUCUUUACCGAACGGAACGCAGUCAAGAGGAAUAGGAAUUGGGUAGCCCGCUCGCGCUCUUCAGUACGCAGGUGUUUGUAGCUAACUCAUGCCUUGGUUGAUUUUAGACGGGUUAGUGAGUGUAUGAGAUAUUAUUGAAUUCUGGAACUUUUUCGUUACAUUUUUUAAAGUAAAAAUAUCAGUUUUCGAUUGAUAACUGUCGAGGCACUUUAGUCGACUGGAUUUUCUGAAUCAACAAUUGUUUUCUGCGUUUGGAUUAUUUAAAUUUUCCUGGGAAAUGGCAAAUUCUUAUUCUGGGAGAGAAACACGACUUUCAGAGAGAGGAAACCGUAGUUGAAUAAUAACACAGGAUGCUGCUUGCGACCUGAAGCACUCAGAAGAAUUUGACAUUUCUGAGACAUUUGUUAUUUUGCUUUGCGCACUAUAAGAAGGUGGACAUAUCAAGUCUUUAUUUUCUUUUUACACGUGUAUUUUACAGCACAAUGAUGAAUUGUGGAUUUAUACUGUUCUUUUCAACCCAACUCCUCUUUGUGGCUUCAUUGACUCAAAGUUAUAAAUGUGGAGAUAACAUUGAGAUAACCAGUGCAGAUUAUCUCACCUCUCCUGGCUAUCCGAAUUCAUACCCUCCAUCACAACAAUGUAUGUGGGUGAUAUCGGCCCCAGACCCGGGACAGAAGAUACUCAUUAACUUUAACCCUCAUUUUGAUCUGGAGGACAGAGACUGCAAGUAUGACUAUGUGGAGGUGUUUAACGGUGGAGACGAGCAGGCUCCGACCCUGGGGAAGUUCUGUGGGAAGAUAGCCCCCUCCCCCAUCAUCUCCAUCGGCAGCCAGCUCCUAAUCAAGUUUGUGUCCGACUACGAAUCUCCCGGGGCUGGAUUCUCCGUGCGCUACGAGGUCUUCAAGACAGGACCUGAGUGUUCUAGAAACUUCACCUCGUCCAAGGGUGUUAUAAAGACGCCAGGCUUCCCAGACAAGUACCCCAACAACCUGGACUGCACCUUCAUGAUCAUCGCCCCCAAAAUGUCAGAGAUCGUGGUGGACUUCGACGCGUUCGACAUGGAGCCUGACACCACCCCUCCCCCCGGGGCACUCUGUCGCUACGACUGGCUGGAGAUCUGGGACGGGUUCCCUGCAGUGGGACCCCACAUCGGGCGAUACUGUGGUAACAGCAGUCCUGGCCGGGUCAUCUCCUACACAGGGAUCCUUUCUAUGACCAUCAACACAGACAACGCCAUCGCCAGAGAGGGCUUCUCAGCCAACUACACUGUCAGAGAGAGCAGCCUACGUCAGGGACAGACACCAGAGGACUUUACCUGUGUGGAGGGCCUGGGGAUGGAGUCGGGAGAGAUCAUCUCAGAUCAGAUCACUGCCUCCUCUCAGUACAACCCCAACUGGUCCCCAGAACGCUCCAGACUCAACUACAAAGAGAACGGAUGGACCCCCUCAGAAGACUCUGCCAGAGAGUGGAUACAGGUGGACCUGGGAUUCCUCCGCUUUGUUUCAGCCGUGGGAACACAGGGAGCAAUCUCCAAGGAGACGAAGAAGGAGUACUUUGUCCGCUCCUACAAAGUGGACGUGAGCUCCAAUGGAGAGGACUGGGUCACGAUAAAGGAGGGAUCCAAGCAGAUGGUUUUCCAGGGGAACAACAACCCUACAGACGAGGCAAGGUCAUUCCUACCCAAGCAGACUCUAGCCCGUUACGUCCGCAUCAGACCCAUGUCUUGGGAGAUAGGCAUCUGCAUGCGCUUCGAGGUGUACGGCUGCAAGACAUCAGACUACCCUUGCUCCGGCAUGCUGGGGAUGGUCUCCGGUCAAAUCUCGGACGCCCAGAUCAGCGCGUCGUCGAACGCAGAGCGUGGGUGGGUACCAGAGAACGCCAGGUUGCUGACAGGGAGGUCGGGCUGGACCCAGCAACAGACCAGACAGCCCUUCAGGAACGAGUGGCUGCAGAUGGACCUGGGCCAGGACAAGCUGGUCAGUGGCCUGGUCAUCCAAGGAGGACGCCACAGAGACAAGAAUGUGUUUAUGAAGAGGUUCAAGGUGGGCUACAGCAACAACGGCUCUGACUGGACCAUGGUGAAGGAAGACAACAGCACCAGGCCCAAGAUCUUCAUUGGGAACCAGAACCAUGACACCCCAGAGCUGCGUACACUGGGCCCUCUGCUGACUCGCUUCCUCAGGGUCUACCCAGAGAGAGCCACCCCCGAUGGCCUGGGGCUCAGACUGGAGCUGCUGGGUUGUGAGAUCCAUGAGCCCACAACUCUCCCACCGAUAACGACUGUAGCGACCACGUUUACUGUAACCACGUUCGCUGCCACCACAACUGCGUCUGUGACCAUGCCUGCCCCGACGUCAGAGUGUGACAACCAGCAGGCCAGCUGUCACAGUGGAACAGGAACAGGAGGAGGGGAGGACUAUGACACAACAGGUGGCACCACAUUGGCAGACCCAACCCUGGAGGGAGAACUCGUGCCAGAGUACCUGUGGUUUGCUUGUGACUUUGGCUGGGCGGACAACCCGUCGUUCUGUGGCUGGACACUGGAGAAGGAUACUGGUGCUGAGUGGAUGAUUCAGACCAGCGGGGCCCCCACCGUCCACAAAGGGCCCAACCUGGACCACACAGCUUGCCUCUUACUGCCCUCUACAGGAGUUCCAGGGAACUUCAUCUACAUGCAGCUGGCUGCUGAGACCGAAAUGGAGGAGGAGGAGGAGGAGCAGGAGGAGCAGGAGGAGGAGGAGACAGAGGUAGAGGAGGUGGCGUUGGUGGGGGUGGUGGUGGAGGAGAGGAUGGAGGAGAGGGUGGCACGCCUAGCCAGCCUGCCUGUAACCGCCCCGGACGCCGACCUGUGUGUGUCCUUCUGGUACCACAUGUUCGGGGAGCACGCUGGCACCCUGCACAUCAAACAGAGGAGAGAGACAGAGGAGGGGCGGGCAGAGGCACUGCUCUGGACCGUCAGUGGACACCAGGGCAGCCGAUGGAGGGAGGGACGACUGUUGGUGCCCCACUCCAGCAUACCCUAUGAGGUGGUGAUUGAGGGAGUGGGAGACAGGAGCACAGGACACAUCGCGCUGGACAAUAUAAAGAUCCUGGAUGGACUCACACCAGAGGAGUGUAAGGAUCCAGAUAUACCAGAGGCUCCUACGUCCCAGCCAACAGAGAUCUGCAUAUACCCGAUGGACCACUACUACCCAGAGGAAGUGGAGAACAGCGAGCUGGGUGGCCCAGGCAACAUGAUGAAAACCCUGGACCCCAUCCUCAUCACCAUCAUCGCUAUGAGCGCUCUGGGGGUUUUCCUGGGAGCUAUCUGUGGCGUUGUGCUCUACUGUGCCUGCUCGCACGGCCACAUGUCCGACAGCAGGAACUUGUCAGCUCUGGAGAACUAUAACUUUGAGCUGGUGGACGGAGUCAAGCUAAAGAAGGACAGCAAGCUAAAUGCACAGAACAGCUACUCAGAGGCGUGAGCUUCAUCCUCUAGGGAAGAGAACACAAGCAGCCUCAUAGCUGGAGGAACUAGACCACCGGACGGAGGGUUGUGAGUUGUGACCCAAAUGUUAUCCUAUUCCUUAUAUAGUGCACUAUGUAGGGGAUAGGGUGCCAUUUGGUAUGCAGCCGGCUGUAGAGAUGGUGGGAGGUUGUGACUGAGCCAUGCUAUUCUCAGGAGCUGCAGUGAAAGGAACCUACCCGUAGUGGGCACUGUGUAUAAAGAAAACGUGUACAGCAAAAAUUAUUAUUUGGUUUUUGUUUUUGUUUGUUUUGCGAUGUGCUUUGUUUUUCUGUAAUUAGAUGCUGGUGAUGAGACCAAUUGAGAUGGAAGUAUUUAUCUUUUUUUUAAUUUUUUUUUGGAAGGAUAGGAUAUUACAUUUUUGUCUGAGGUCAUUAUUAUUUCACAGAAAGAACAUAAAAACGUAUAUUCACUAUCCUGACGCGUGGCUCUUUGGCUGGCCAUGUUAUCGGUUUGUAUGUCUGCAUCGAUUUGUGCAUCUUGUUUGUGUGUGUGUGUGUGUGCGUGUGUGUGCAUGUACGCAUGCGUGUGUGUGCGUGUGCAAGUGUAUGUGCGUACAUGUGUGUAUGCAUCCAGAGGGUGCUUGCCCUGGCCCUAGACCUGUGUCUAGUUCCACAGUGCCUUUUUGAAAGUUUCUGUUGCCUUUUCUCCACUGAUUCUGUUCUGAUCAUACCAGUACGUUAGGCAUCGGCUGGUAGUCUGAUUCUGUUCUGAUCAUACCAGUACGUAGGCAUCGGCUGGUAGUCUGAUUCUGUUCUGGUCAUACCAGUACGUAGGCAUCGGCUGGUAGUCUGAUUCUGUUCUGAUCAUACCAGUACGUAGGCAUCGGCUGGUAGUCUGAUUCUGUUCUGAUCAUACCAGUACGUAGGCAUCGGCUGGUAGUCUGAUUCUGUUCUGAUCAUACCAGUACGUAGGCAUCGGCUGGUAGUCUGAUUCUGUUCUGGUCAUACCAGUACGUAGGCAUCGGCUGGUAGUCUGAUUCUGUUCUGGUCAUACCAGUACGUAGGCAUCGGCUGGUAGUCUGAUUCUGUUCUGAUCUUGGCAGUACGUUAGGCAUCGACUGGUAGAGUCUGAUUCUGUUCUGAUCAUAGCAGUACGUUAGGCAUCGACUGGUAGAGUCUGAUUCUGUUCUGAUCAUAGCAGUAUGUUAGUCAUCGGCUGGUAGAGUCUGAUUCUGAUCAUAGCAGUAUGUUAGGCAUCGGCUGGUAGAGUCUGAUUCUGAUCAUAGCAGUACAUUAGGCAUCGGCUGGUAGAUUCUGAUCAUAGCAGCACGUAAGGCAUCGGCUGGUAGAUUAUGAUCAUAGCAGUACGUAAGGCAUUGGCUGGUAGAUUCUGAUCAUAUCAGUACGUAAGGUAUUGGCUGGUAGAUUCUGAUCAUAUCAGUACAUUAGCAUCGGCUGGUAGAUUCUGAUCAUAGCAGCACGUAAGGCAUCGGCUGGUAGAUUCUGAUCAUAUCAGUACGUAAGGUAUUGGCUGGUAGAUUCUGAUCAUAUCAGUACGUAAGGUAUUGGCUGGUAGAUUCUGAUCAUAUCAGUACGUAAGGUAUUGGCUGGUAGAUUCUGAUCAUAUCAGUACGUAAGGCAUUGGCUGGUAGAUUCUGAUCAUAGCAGUACGUAAGGCAUUGGCUGGUAGAUUCUGAUCAUAGCAGUACGUAAGGUAUUGGCUGGUAGAGUCUGAUUCUGAUCAUAGCAGUACGUAAGGCAUCGGCUUGUAGAGUAGGGUCAGAUUAGCAGGAUUCCAUGCCAUCCCUUCAUAGCACAUGACACAUCCAACUUAUUGUACAUAGGUUUUAAUAUAUUUGAGCGCCUUUAUAAAAAGAGACAAAAUGCUGCAGUAUCUCUUCUUCGUAGUUUUUGUAUCAUAGGCGAUGUUAUCUGGCUGUCAUCAUGUACAGUAUGUAAUAGGCAUUUUGUGUUGUUAUGUUCCAUUGGUGCUCUCACAAUGCUGCCUGGAAAAGGAGGGUUAUUAUGGCCAAUGGUUAUGGCCUUUUGAGAGAUGUUCAGAGUCAGCCAUGAUCAUCAGUAUUGAGCCUUAUUAAUAGGGGCAAGAAUUGGCUACAAAGGCCUAAGAAGGAGAGAGUUAAGAAGCCAUUGGCUGUGUCUGAAAUGGUACCCUAUUCGCUAAAGAGUGCACUACCUUUGACCAGAGCCCUAGGGGCCCUGGUCAAAAGUAGUGCACUAUAUAUGGAAUAUGGUGGCAUUUGGGACGUAGACAGACAACAGAUCGGAUGGCUGAAGCAUCUCUACAAAAUAAAAUGCUAUCACACUGCUAUGACAAUACCUGGGACAUUACGGGCCAGUUUCUCAGACAUAGAUUCAGAAUCUCGUUGAGAAUGCUUUUUAGUCCGGGACUAGGCUUAAUCUGUGUCUGGGAAACCGGCCUUACAUGUCUGUGGUAGAAUGAUGGACCUUGAUAGAAUGAAAGAGACUCUUAUGACGUCAUGCUGUUUUCAAGUACUGUAGUCUACAUCCUCUUUGCUCUGCUUUUUGUCUGUAUUGAAUGUUAACGUGAAGAGUUCAGGCAAAACAAAGUACUGUAUAAAAUGGCGAAAACAUAGAUCCAAGGUUCAAUCAAUGGAUGUGAUGUAGCUAUACUGUUUAUUCCUUCAGCCGGGGUCUAUGAGCUUCUAUCUUUAGAUUCUUUCAUGUUUUCUUCAUGCGGGGUAGCUAGUUCAACAGAUGUUUCAUGGUUCUGCUUCAAGCGCAUAACAGUAUUCCACAUUCCAUAGGAUUAGAAUGAUUGGAAUUAAAAUGAGUCAUUCUAAAUUAUUUCUAUGGUUCCACCACUCAAAAAUGUAAAGGCCUAAUGUUUUGGUGUGGUCUUUGUCAAUAGGAAAGGAUGCUGCAGCACCAGAUGUGAAAACAAUGUUGCACUGAUAUAUUUAAAAGAUAUUUGUGUUGUUUAGGAUAUUGUUUUGUGAAGAAAGAGAGAGAAAGCGAAAGAAGGAUAAGACAGUGUUACAGAUAACUAUUUUAUAUGGUUUCAGAUUAUAUAGUUCUGAAAUGUACAAUUAUGGAGAUGUUUUUCAUUAUUGAAAAAGCUAUACAUGUCUCUUUACUUACGUAAUGUUUUACUUGGUAUGUUAUAUCACCUUGUGUUUUUUGUACUGUCACAAAUGUCUGUGCCAUUUUUUUCUACUAAAUGUUUGAUUUUCAAUACUGCUUCUGUAAUUUGCUGUCCCAGAUAAAAAAGAAAAAAAUAAGUAAGCAGUUGAGGCCUUAAUGACUCAAGUAAAGUUUCUUUACUUGGACUCUGUCCCAAAUGUCCCUAUUCCCUAUACAGUGGACCAAUAGGGCUCUGGUCAAAAGUAGUGCACGGUGUAGGGAAUAGGGUGCCAUUUGACUCCCUGGUCAGCUCCCUGUUGUUUCUGAAUCUGAUCAAUGACUACUACAUUCCAAAGAUUUGGAUCAAAUAAAUGUUUGAAUAAGAUUAAUUAUUUCAAGUUGUUUUAGUUCAGAAAGUGAUAAUUGUGUAUUUGCCCCAUCAUAUACCCAGAGUUGUACCCUUUUAAUGUGUCCUUUGUCAUAUCCACAUUGAACACUGGAGGGCGGUGUUGAAUAAAAUGCUUUGUAUGGCAACUGUA